AUGGUUUGUCGGAUAGACGUAUUUGAGACCACGAGAGAGUGCAGUCAAUUGGUCUUGAGUCUGCAUCUGCCCCUUACAAGAAAUAAUACAAAUUGUGUUAUUGAUCCUUUAUCUGUAUGUCAAGACUGUAAUGAGUUAGCUACAUCAAACGUGCUCAUGUUUGGUGAUUCUGGAUUCUUGGGAAAUCGAUAUAAUCAACAGAUACAUCACUAUGCGCAGUUUCAAUUCAGUGUUGCGUCAAAAAAGGCAGCGUUGGUAAAUGUUGAAUUAGGUGUUGGCACUGCAGUUCCCACAGUUAGGCUGGAGAGCGAAGAAACAUUCAUGGAUAAACGCUUGCAAGCUCAUUUAAUCCGUAUUAAUCCAUUAGCUGAGAAUUCAGUUAUUCCUGCACACUGCAAACGUGGAAAUAAAGGAGAAGCUGUCGAACUAUCGCUAGAUGCAUUGACAGUAUUGACGUUGAUUGAUGAAGCAGUGGAAAAGAGAUCAAAAAAAUAA